AAGUCUAACAAAAGGCAACAGAAGAACCACUCCAAAUUCAGAAGAAACCCCCACAAAUAAAAGAUAGAUUUGAAGACCAUUUCUUCAAACAAACAUUGUUGUUGUUCCAUUCUACGAGUGGGCAUCUAGCUAUGAUACUCGCAGUGUUAUUCGCCAACUCUGAAGGGAACAUCCUUGUUGAACGGUUCAAUGGAGUUCCUGCUGAAGAACGGCUGCAUUGGCGAUCUUUCUUAGUCAAACUAGGAGCUGAGAAUCUUAGAGGUGUGAAGAAUGAAGAACUCCUUGUUGCCUGCCACAAAUCAGUUUACAUUGUUUACACUGUGCUUGGGGAUGUCAGCAUCUAUGUUGUGGGCAAGGACGAAUAUGAUGAACUAGCCUUGUCAGAGGUGAUCUUUGUAAUAACAUCAGCUGUGAAGGACGUAAUCGGGAAGCCUCCCACUGAGCGCCUUUUUCUGGACAAGUAUGGAAAAAUUUGCUUGUGUCUGGAUGAAAUUGUUUGGAAGGGAUACCUGGAGAAUACAGAAAAGGAUAGAAUCAAGAGGAUGAUAAGGCUAAGGCCUCCAACUGAAUUUUGAUCGGAUGCUUCCAGUUGUAGCCAGCGAUUGGAGAAUGGAAUAGAAUCAUGUGGUCUGAGGGAGCAGUAUGUAUCAUAAAGGAAUGCUGAUUCAUCUGCAGCAUGUAUUUCAAGUUUGUGAAAGCUUAAUGUUAUCAGCUUAAUGGAGUGAUAUUCUUGAUUUUGAGCGAGACAGAAGCAAUGUAGUAAAUGCCCGAUUUCUAU